AUGACUCAGUGGCCAUCUCUUCUAGCAGGGUAUGAAGGUGCAGAACCUCUUCCAACCACCCUCAAUCCUGACGGAAAGUCCCUGUACAACCCACCUGGUCCCCGCUCGGCCGCCUAUGACGAAUUCCCGAAGCAAUUUAGUCCAUCUAAGAAUGGUUUCGACUUCCACAUUUAUUACAUGCCCGCUGUGGCUGCUCAGGCUCAGUAUGCGAAAGAACUACACGAGCGUGUAAGGAGGGAGUUCCCAGAGUUGCGGAUAUAUAGGUUCUGGGAUAAACCAGUCGGUCCCCAUCCUACCGCUAUGUUCGAGGUCAAUACAUUCAACCCCCACCAGACAGGGGCAUUCUUUUCCUGGCUUGUCGUUAAUCGCGGACCUUGCGACGUUCUCGUCCACCCGAACACUGGCAAUUCACUGAGAGAUCAUACAGAGUUAGCGACGUGGAUUGGAAAGAGAUGGCCAUUGUAUGAAGAAGGUCUUAGCUCUCGUUCAAGUUGA